AUGAGCGCCUCUGUUCUGGACGGCUACCCAAAAGAGGCGGCCAUGCCGACCAUGGGUGCUCCCCAUGGGCCCCCCGUAUCCCAACAGCCGCAAAUGUCCCACCCUCAAGCCCAGGGUCGACCCAACAACAUGGCCGAUUUCCAAGAUAUGUGGCAGGACAUCGAGAGCGUACUGUUGGGCGACGGGGGUCCGUCUUCACACGAGGCUCGACAACAACGGCUAGCGGCCCAGCAGAAUCUACGAAACAUGCUCAGUUCCUACCAAGGGGAUCGAUACCCUUCUACCAGUACCUCGGACAAACACAUCAAGCAGGAAUUCUACCCGGUUAACCCCGCGUCAGAGCAAUCGCUACACAUCCAGGCCGCUUCGGAAGGUCUCUAUCCGACAUCGGCACCCUAUCCUCAUCGAUACCACCCGGCCGUCGAGCCCUCGCAUCCGGAAGCCAACAGUGUCAAGUCAGAGACAGAGACCGCGUUCGGAGGCACCGUCCGGAGUUUCCAUCAUUCGCCGAGCCCCACCACUCCUGACUAUUAUCAACAUCAAUGGGGUUUCUACUCAAACGCACCGGAAGAAGGCUCGGUACCAGAUCAAAACCACCAUUACCAGUUCAUGCAUAAUCUGAACCGCUUCUACAGACCCCACCACCCUCGGCCAUAUGCGCCGUCGGUUGGCCGCAUGCCGUCGCCGCAAUUUCGACAAGAAGUUCCUCAAACUAUCAUACCCGAUCAGCUAGACACUCCUCUCUAUGGAAUCGGCCACAUGUCCACCAUGAACGGAAUGAACGGCCUCGGUAGUCCAGCGAAGAUGGGGAAACGGGAACGGAGAAGUAGGAAUGGACCGAAGAAGAUCACGAUCCACACGUGCAGCUACCAGGGCUGCAUGAAAACAUACUCAAAGAGCUCACACCUGAAAGCACAUCUCCGCACUCAUACCGGAGAAAAGCCCUACAUGUGCAAUUGGAAAGGUUGUGGCUGGAAAUUCGCACGCUCCGACGAACUGACGAGGCAUUAUCGCAAGCAUACAGGGGAUCGGCCGUUCCAGUGCAGGUUGUGCGAGCGAGCGUUCUCGCGUUCCGAUCAUCUGUCUCUCCACAUGAAGCGCCAUACGGAGAUGAUGUGA